AUGAACGACAUGGCAUCCAAGCCCCAGCCACCAGUCACGCGGCUCCGGCCACUACAUUCUCUUCAACAAUUGAGUACCCUAUACUCAGAAACAACUGGAGAUGAGCCUCAAGUACUGCAUUGGACAAGUUCUCUCGAGGAAGGUCCCGACGAGCAGAAAUCUGUGAAAGCCUUUGUAGAGCUCGUCUCGCGUAUAGUGGUGCUUGAUCACGAUGAGCCAUACUGUAUUCAAGAUUCUACACGCGGCGGGCUCAUCUUGGCCCGUUUCAGCCAUGAUGGGAGGUCAACAUUUGAAUUCAUUCAAUGUGCUAAUGUUGAUGACAUCCCGACCGACUUUUCGAUUGGCAAGGGAAAGGCCUUGCAGCUGCACAGAGAUGCAGCAACCGGACAAGUAGGGUUGGCCGCUCAGGCCAACCUCAUACCUGCAGCAGCUCUUGAUGCCCUGGGUAGGAUGCUGGAUGACCUCAUCCUUGGCCUGAAGGAAGAAUGGACACAGCCUUCUGCGCUCAACUUUCCACCAAAGUCCAGACCCCUCCCCUUGUUCCCCGAGGAGCCAGUUGGACCUGCUCUCCUUCACCGGUGGUUUGAGCAACGUGCUAUAGAGUAUCCCGAUAGAACGGCCCUGGACUUUCUCGUCAGCCUCGAAAGUGGGAAGAGGGUUCAAUAUACCUAUAAACAGGUCGAAAACGCAGCAAACGUCCUGGCAGCUGAUCUGGUCGCGCAGUCAAAACCGUCAGCCAAGACAGUUGCUGUCCUGAUAGGACCCUGUCCGGAGCUGUACAUCAGCUACUUGGCUGUACUGAAGGCUGGCAUGGCUUUCUGUCCCAUACCCGUGGACGCCCCUGAAGAGAGACGGGAAGCUCUGAUGGAGGAUCUGAAGCCAGCCGCAGUCCUCGUGGUCACAUCAACGCUGCCAGGAUCCACUGCUAUCACCACGAUCAGCGUGACUCCAUAUCUCGCAGCAUGCGACGCCAUAUCGGAAAGACAGCCGUCGUCAUCCAUCAAGGAGACUGACGCUGCCUACAUCCUAUACACCUCUGGAACCACUGGCAUGCCGAAAGGUGUGGUUGUUAGCCACAUCUCAGCAGCAUGCACCAUCUCCGCCCUGAGCUCUCACUAUGGGUUUCCCUCACCAACAUCACCAGAGCCUAUCAGAUGGUUUCAGGGUGCAGCUCCUACCUUUGACAUUUCCCUCUUCGAGAUCUUCUGGACACUCAGCUCAGGUUCAACGCUCUGCUGCGCCCCGCGCGAGUCCACUUUGCAGGACAUUGACAAGACUGUUACAACUCUCGCGGCCGACAUGACCAACAUCACCCCUUCUUUUGCCAACUUGUUGGGUCCGGCGUCGCUCCAAGGUCUCAUGGUUGGUGGAGAAACGCUAAAUGCACGUCUACUGCAAAACUUUGCACGCAACAAUCCAACCGAGGAUCAUGGCCAUAAACCUAGAGGCAUCUACAACGGCUACGGACCAACGGAGACGGCCAUCUACUGCAUCGCCCAGGCCCAUGUUCCAGCAGAUCAGCGAGGCUCCGUUCUGGGAACGCCCCUAGCUACAUGCGGCACCCUCAUCGUCGAUGAGCAGUCGAAAACCCUGAGUCCUGUGCCCAUGGGCGCGAUAGGAGAACUUGUCAUCACCGGCCCACAGGCUAGCAGGGAUGGCUACCUCAACCGUUCCGAAGAGACAAGCCGCGCUUUCGUCGACGAUGGAAGAUGGGGUAGAGCGUACAGAACGGGUGACCGAGCUAGGAUUGUCUGGGACUCCCACGGUGAACCCGCUGUUGAGUUCCUGGGCAGGAUAUCUGAUGACCAAGUCAAGCUCAGCGGAAGACGUGUCGAGUUGGGUGAGAUCGAUAGCGUUCUGGCCAGCAAAGUCGAGAAUGUGCGAGAGGUGCUAUCUUGUGUCUGGAAACAAGAGACUUCUGGGACUGGUUCUGAAAAGGUUGUGAGCCUCGUCGUCUGUUCCGAACUUGACUUCGAACCUGUCCGCGAAAAGUGUCUCGGGGCUGCCGAACGAUACCUCCCCGACUACAUGAGGCCCUUCAAGCUUCUUCAAGUCGACGCACUCCCGAAGUCUGCAUCUGGCAAGGUCGAUCGCAAAGCCGCCUCGGCAUACGUGCGGGAGACCUUGAAACAAGACCGUGUUUCCGAGCAGCCAGAGCCUGCUCAAGAAGAGCCCCUGCUGGACCCCCAAGACGCCAAGCUAGAGCAAGAGCUCGUCGAUAUCGCGUCGGAAGUUCUGGGUGAUGACUCGGGCACUAUUACGGCUACCAUGCCGCUCGCAGAUGCUGGCAUGGACAGUCUCCGCGCAAUGAGGCUGUUGCGUGAUAUCAGGAAGAAAUGGCCCAGCUGCGGAUCUGAAGGGCAGCUGCAGCCAUCUUUGGUCUCGCUUCUCGCCUCUGGAGCUAGUAUUCGCUCCGUAUUCUUCCCCUCUCUGCGAAAUGGAGACGACUUGGCCAAGAUGCAGUGUCAACUUGGCGACUUUUCAUCCAGGCAUAUGCCUGAAGCCCUCGAAAAGCUUAACAUCACCAGUGAGGCCGAUGUUGAGAUGGUCCUUCCCGCAACAUGCACGCAGAGCCAGCUGGCUGUGAGCUUGGCUAUGGACAAGCGCAGCUACAUCAGCCAUUCUGUUCUGAACCUCAAACCCGACGUCUCGUCCGAGGCCCUGAAGGGGGUUGUUGAGGCUGUGAUGACUGAGCAGGCCAUUUACCGAUGUACAAUGAUGCCAUGCGACGAUUCGCUGUCACCUUUUGCCCAGGUCAUCCUAUCAUCAGAGGCAUGGCGUCGAUUGGACAGCAACUCGAACCGGGUUGUACACAGAAGAGGAAGUGUUGGCGAUGUCAAAACCUGGCUCGACUUGGCUGAAGAGAACAUCUCCCUCGAUUCUCAGAAACUGUAUCACGCACAAAUAAUUGAGCCCGAGUCCGGUUCUGGUCUCUUGAUCAUCAGCGUUGCCCACUGCAUCUGCGACGGCGCAUCGCUUGAGGCGCUCAUGAGCGAUAUAGCCAGGCGGUAUGCUGGUUUGGAACCUCUACCAAGACAAGGCAUCUACGAGGCUGUGUUGGAGUGGAUGUCUAACAUAAACCCCGAGACGGACAACUUGUGGCGAGAGUUGGUGAAAGACUGGGAAACUGAGAGCUUUGAUGCCCUGAGCGGCAAUGGAUCUAAAGCAUCGGAGCCUGGGCAUGACAUGGUCCAGUUCACGAGCGACCUCUCGUGGCAAGCUUUGGAAGACAAGAGCAGGGCCUUGGGCGCAUCUCCUCUGUCCAUUCUACAGGCGUCUUGGUCCCUGCUCUUGCAACUCUUCUCUGAAGCAGAUACCGGAGACAUCGUCUUUGGAAGCGUCAUAUCAGGCUCUCAUCUGCCCUCCCACGCACCCACCUUUUCUGUGGUGCCAUGCCGCGUUGCCCUACCUGAGACGCAGACCAUCAUCGACCUUGUCACAAACCUUGCAUCUUCCUCGAGGCUAGCGCAGAGCCACCGACACACAUCGUUUGGCAUCUUCAAGACAUUGCCGUAUAGCACUGCCCUAGCCUUGCAAGCAUAUCCUCAAUCUGAUCAUGAGGCAGUCCCUGUCCCUUGGACUGAGAUCCAGAAUCCGGCUAUACGUUACGACUUUGACAUGUUUGCCGAGGUCUUGCCUCGAUCCGUAGGGCAGCUCGACAAGAUGACGUUCAAGCUCACAUAUCGUGGGGAUGCCCUCUCAGCGCCCUCCGCAACGUGCAUCGUGAGGCAGUUUGCUGCAAUUACGGAAACCAUGCUUCGUUCAUUUCCUGGGGAAAUGGUUCAAAAGCUACCGGCCCGUCUACCCAGGAGCUUGCUCUCUGCAGAAGGGACAGUUCCGGCUGCAAAGCCAGAAGGGGUUAAGGAUCGAGCAGAGCUACUACACUCCCAAUUCGAGGACCAAGCCGUGUCAACCCCUGACCGCUUGGCCUUGAGCUUCUACACGUCCCUAGACUCGCCUCCAGUGGAGAUGAGCUAUGCAGAUCUAGACGCUAGAGCCAAUGGCUUAGCAAAUAUCUUGCGCGAGGAAGACAUUGACAUCAUCCCAAUCUGCCUCCAACGCAGCGUUGAACUCUACGUCGCCAUCUUGGCCAUCUUGAAGGCUGGCUCGGCCUGGUGCCCCAUUGAUGAUACGUCCCCUGUGCAGAGGAGGACUUCGCUGAUCGCUCGGACCCAGAGCAAGGUAUUGCUCACAACCACUGAAUCAUUGCAUUUGGUCCAGCCUUGCCUCGACCACGAAAGCCUGGAAGGUGUGCGAAUCAUUCUUCUCGACCAGUACGCCCAUCACAAGUCCUCAACAAGACCCGAUCCGCGUCGCAGCGUCAUGUCUUCAGGCGCCUUCGGCGGCAAAGAUUUGGCCUAUCUUCUGUGGACAUCAGGCACCACUGGCGAACCAAAGGGAGUCAUGAUUCAGCAUUCCGCGGCGGCAGAAGCCAUGCGCGACCUGCAAGUCCAAGUUGAGCAUGACUACAAGACGGAACAAGUACGCACGCUACAAUUCUGCGCCUACAGCUUCGACGUUUUUGUGCAGGACCUCUUCUACACCUGGGGUCUAGCAGGCAGCGUCAUCAGUGGUACAAGAGAGCUAAUGCUUGGCACGUUCGUCGAGUUCAUCUGGAAAUCCUGUCCCACUCAUGCUCAUCUCACCCCGUCCUUUGGUGCCAGCAUCGAUGUUGAAGAGAUCAGGGGAUCGACUCUACAAUACGUCACCUUCAUUGGCGAGAAGCUCACAGAAGACGUCGCCGAGGCAUGGGCAGCUCCUGGUAUCACCACUCGCGCGUACAACACGUACGGACCAGCAGAAAACGCUGUCGUUUCUACUCUGAGACGCUUCUAUGGUAGGAGCAGGGAUCAGGCCAAGGCUGCCAAUGUUGGCUUCCCUCUCACAAACUGCACGGCCUAUGUCGUCCGCGAGGUUGAUAACCGCUGGGAGCUCGUCCCACGAUAUGGAGUCGGCGAGUUAGCUCUGGGUGGUGCGCAGGUCGCAAAGGGCUAUCUAGCAAAUGAGGCCAAAACGACCAAGGCCUUUAUCCAGGGAGGUUCCGGCAUUGACGAGCGCAUCUACCUCACAGGCGACAUGGUGCGUCUCAACGACCACGGCUUCGAGUUUCUGGGAAGAAACGAUGACUUGAUCAAGAUCACUGGCAUCCGCAUUGAGCUGAGUGAGAUCAGCGCUGCCUGUGCGAGUGUGAAAGACGAGGAGGCGGCUGUUGAGCACGUCGAGACGCUGUAUCUCUCUCGUCCAGGCGACAACAGCAACAACAAAGUCGUCGUCACGUUCGUCUCCGUCAAGAAAGCUGCGGUUGAUACAGGCAGUAUUAGAACACAGGUCUUCCAGAGGGCCAGGGAUGUGCUGCCCACGUACAUGGUACCCGGACACGUCGUGGUGCUCGAAACCACGAUGCCGAGGACAGCGUCCAACAAGGUCGACCGCAAGGCUCUGCAAAAGAUCUACGAGGAGUCGGACCCAAGUAGUUUGGUUGUAAAAGAUGACUCAGCAGAAUCUGACGGUCAGCAGGCGAAGCUGCAAUGGACCGAGGCGCAACUCUCUGUUCUCCAGAUCAUCGCCGACCAUUUCCAAGUGGCAGCUGAAUCAUUGGCUCCAGAUGAUAGCUUGGCCUCAUUGGGUUUCAGUUCUCUUCAAGUUACCAAGCUGGCGUGGUCCCUGAGGCGGCAGCUGAACCGCAUGAUCGGAGUUCUAGAUCUAAUGCGGUGCCGAUAUCUCGGCGAAUUGGUCGACGUCGUUGUCGGCGAGCAACCAGAUCAACCGGGACAGCCCAACGGUGUGGUGCCCCCGGAAACUCCCUCUUGGGUAGCUUCUAUCAAGGACACGUUGACCAGCAAGCUCCGUGGUAUCAUGCGGCCUCAAGACACGCUGUACAUCCUACCGGCAACUCCUGUGCAGGAAUCGCUCAUCGUGGAGACCAUGCUCGAGCCCAAGGCGUACUGGGCCCAUCGUGUGUUUGACUUGAGCCACCUGGGCGAGAUUGACGGCCAUCGAUUGAAGAAGGCGUGGACCGAAGCUGCCCGGAGAUUCGACAUCCUUAGAACCAUUUUCGUUCCUCUCACGCAACUGAGCACAGAGGACAAUGGUAAUAGCGUUGCGUGGUCUUCUCAAAUCGGAACCCAGUCCACGAUCCUGCAAAUCAUUCGACGCGAACCAACUGUGGGCUGGACCUGGCUACCCAGGGACAAAGAGCAGGAUCUAGCCAGAUGGGCUGAGGAGCUGCAGACGGAACUCACGCCGACAAGAACAACUCGGCCACCUUGGUCCGUCACAUUUGCCGAGGGCGGUUGCAAGCUCAUGCUAAGCAUGCAUCACGCUCUCUACGACGCUGUCGCGUCAGAGAUUCUCCUUGACACAGUCGCGAAGCUCUACGAGGAGCAAGUUGAGGGCAGCUCUGACAGCGUCUUACAACUCGAGAGGGGUAUGGAGCUGGGUCUUCUGCCAACCGCUGCCCAGCGGAGCGAGGCUUCUUCCUUGUGGAACAGUCAUCUAGCGGAUCUCAGGAAGACGGUUGGUGCCUUGAACGCCUCAUUCCCUGACCUGACACAAUCCCGACAAAAGCAGGUACAGGGAAUCCUCAGCUCAAGGAGGGCCAUCCCUCAUGCAUUUACCUCUACCUCACCCACCCUCCCGACACUGCUGCAAUCUGCAUUCGGAUGCGUUCUUGCUUCAUACUUGGAGCUCAAGGCCGUCAUGUUCGGUCAGGUCGUGUCGCAGAGGAUUCUUCACCCAGAUCUCGCCCGCGUAAUGGGCCCUGCUAUGGCCACCAUUCCCGUCGUUGUCCGAGGCAAUGCCUCCUCACCCGAGGAGCUCUGGAGCGAGAUGACGGGUGAUUCGUCCAAGCUCUUCCGAAGCGCACAUAGCUUGCAUCCCGUGGACAUCAAGAAAAUGCUCAAUGAGAGCAGCGGGAGUAGCAACGCCCCCUUCCCAGGCCUCUUUGUAUACCACCCGGCCACUGAGGACAAUACCACUCAGAAAGUUUUCCGGGAGGAAGGGCAAGCUCUGUCGCUCAACGUGGAACAUCCGCUUGCCCUAAACAUCUUCGAGGCCGAUGGCACUAUUGAACUCACUGGCGACGGGCGUCGCAUCUCGCAAGGACAGCUUGAUCUCAUGAUGGGCCAGAUCAUCGGCCAGGCCCAAGCUAUGCUGAAGUCACCUCAGCUCCCUCUCGAGCAACUUCAAAAUACGAUGGACCACAGUCUCAUUUCGAUUAGUGGCCAAGCCACCUCGGACCACGUCGAUACAGCCAACCCAACUGAGAGACUCUCUCUGCAUGCAUCCGAGCAUCCUGAAUGGAUCGCAGCCGAGGAGGUCAUUUUUCAAGAGUCAGACGAAGAUCAAGAUGAGAUCGUGACCAAAACCAUCACCUACGCCCAGUUGGACAUCCUCACCAACGCCAUCGUCUCCAAGCUCGCAUCUCACGAGCCCCGUCUCCAGCCCGACGACGUCGUUGCUCUGUACAUGAGCAGAGACAUCAAGUCGCUUGCAGCAACCCUGGCCAUCUUCAGGGCAGGCUAUAUAUAUCUCCCUGUGGAUGAAGAGCUGCCUCUGGAGCGGAAGAGGCUCCUCAUCCGUGACGCCGACGCAAAGCUCAUCAUUACCACGGAGGAACUACUCGGUGACUUGGACUUGAACCUCGACAGCGACCCAGUGGCGCUGCUGAUCCCAGACCUCGACGAUGUACUCUCUUGGCCAAUUUCUCAGAUAGAGCCUGAACAACCCGGCCACGGUGGCUACCUUCUCUACACAUCAGGCUCUACAGGCCGUCCCAAGGGCGUUCGUGUUUCCAACAGAAGCCUUUGUCACUUCAUUGCCUCUUUCAGCGCCCGCUUGAUUGAGUCCUCACCCAGCACGGCCAACCUCGGGGGUGACGGCAAAUAUCUUAACCUCACGUCCCGGGCCUUCGAUCCCCACUUGACACAACUCUUUGUGCCCUGGCACUUGGGCUACCGCGUCGUCAUUGGCAAGGACCGUACGGCCAUGAUCGGUAGCAUGAAAGAGGUUAUCAACGAGCUGGGAAUUACGCACUUCGGUUCUGUGCCCUCUGUCUUGACUCAGCUGGGACUGCGACCUGAACAAGUGCCGUCGGUCAAGGUGGUGACGACUGGCGGAGAAAAGGCGUCGAGUGAACUUCUAGACCUGUGGUCGAGCCGCCAAGAGGGCCAGCAGCAUGAGCCUGUUCUGUUCAACUUCUACGGGCCAACCGAAGUCACCAUCGGCUGCUUGGGUCAUGCCGUGCAUCACGACUCCAACGCCCGUAAUCUCGGACUUCCGCUACUGGGUCUUGAAACCCUGCUCUUGUGUCCUGAUACGGGGGACAGACAGGUCAUUGCCAAGAGAGGACAGCCCGGAGAGCUCUGCAUGGCUGGACCGCAGGUGGCCAUGGGUUAUCUGGAUAGACCUAUUGAGAACGCGAAGAGCUUCCAGACCACCACGCUACUGGGUGGCGGUGAGAAGAGAAUGUACAGAACAGGCGACAUGAUGAGGAUGAUGCACGAUGGUACCCUCGAAUUCUUGGGAAGAGCGGACCAACAGGCCAAGAUCCGUGGUCAAAGGCUAGAACUCGACGAGGUCGUCUCUUUUCUAAAGCAAGCUGCUGCAGGCGAGGGCGACCUUGACUUUGCCGCUACCGUGGCUGGCAAUGGCACCAACAGCUCACAGCAACUAUUGGGAUUCGUGGCUCGGAAGGCGACAAGUCUGCUGAAGGGCGAGAUUGAAGCCGAGGUCGAGUCCUUGAGAAACCAAAGCCGGGCGAUGACAGCACUACUGGAGAGGAUCCAGCAGAAGUGCGAAGCUGGGCUGCCGGCCUUCAUGGUGCCCACUAUGCACUGGGUCUCGAGGAUCCCAUACUUGGCCGCCUCGGGUAAGGUCGACACUAAGCAGCUGGCCAAGUUGGCAACCGACAUUCUCAAUUUCCAAGAUGAGCCUGCAUCUCCAUACAGCGAUGAUACUCUGACUGCUGAAGAGUCUGCAGUCGUGGCUGCCGUGGAGGAGGCUGUGGGCGUCAAUGUCAAGGCUACAGCGACAAGCAACAUCCAUCGCCUGGGCAUCGACAGUCUUUCGGCUGUCCAUCUACUGUCCCUUCUGAGAAUCCGAGGCUUUCCCAACCUCAAAAUGGUAGAAAUUCUGUCAUCUUCGUGCACAGUGGGAUCCUUAGCUCGACUGGCCGACCAAGACUCGAGCAGCACAUGGCCAACGACAGACACACCGCAAGAGGUCAAUACGGCCAAGAGAGUGGAUCUUGGGCCAAUUCCCGUCGGUCCCAGUGCUGAAGAGAUCGAAGCUGUCUUGCCCUGCUUGCCUCUGCAAUCCGCCCUUGUCGCCCGGUCUCUGGUCUGGCUGAGCGCUAACAACGUGGGUGACAAAGACAAGGACGUCCCGUACGUGGCACAGUUCCACUACCGUCUCUGCCACGACACCGAUGUCGCUAGAUGGAAGGAAGCAGCCGAGAGAGUCGUUGAAUCUGAGGCCAUGCUGAGAACAUGUUUCGUUCAGCGUGAAGAUGAUGGUCGGAUCCUGCAAGUUGUCCUCAAAUCGCCUCCCUCACCUUUCGACGGCGGAGAAGAUCUAGCCGAUAUCGUCGCCCGGAUGAAUGUACGACCACCAAUCAGGCUGCAAAUUGGAGACACAGAUGAGUCCGGCGAAACGGUCGUCUCACUGAAGAUCCACCACGCCUUGUUCGAUGGCGUGGCUAUCGAUGUGCUUCGGAAGAGGCUGGAGCAGAGCUACAGCGGACAGGACACCCUCGACAGGACAAGUCUCAGUGCAUUGACGAGUCUCUCUAAUCAUUGCAACCUCUCAGGUGCACAGAUGGAAGAUACGAGACACUCGUGGCAGGCAAGGCUACACGGUUUGCGACCGUGCCGUGUUGGGGCCGACAACAACAGCGGCGCCAUGACUCGUUCGACUCUACGUCUUGGCUACACGAUUUCUCAGCUUAAGACUAAGCUACAGUCCCAAGCGGCUGACGUACCGGUAUCAGUCUCUUCCGUCUUCCAGUUAGCAACUGCCCUCUGUUUAGCUCAGGUUACUCGACAAACAUCGAUCAUCUACGGUUUCGUCUUGUCACUGCGGCCUCUCCUUGAUCAUGUCGCCCCAGGUGUGGAAAGUUUCGUCGGUCCGUGCCUCAACACAUUGAUCCAGACUCUCAGUCUCCAAGGGAACGAGACACUACCCGCGAUCGCCAGGAGAGUCCACGAAGCACACAUUGACGCCUGCCAGGACGGCAUGCCGCUUGUCGGCGUGGAAAUGGUACAGCGCUGGUCUGGAUCCGAGGAUAAGCUAUUCGACAGCUUGCUCAGCAUCAACGUUGUCCCUGAGCAGGAGGCGAAGCUUAAACCAGGGCAGAUGAGUCUUGUGCGUACCCAGAGCAAGAGUGAUCUGGCCUUGGCUAUUGAUAUCGACCUGCAUGCCGACGGCAAGAUCACCUUGACGCUUUCUUCGGGAGGUGCCUUGACAACGCCGCAGCUGGAUGGCAUUGGCCAGUUGUUCGAGAGGGUUGUGGGCAGCUCAACGGACGAGAACGCGAGAGUCGAGGACUUUGUCUCGGUGCAACAUGACGCAAACACGUCUACUCAUAUUACCCAACACUCCCCUGCGGCAGCUGUGUCAGAGCCAGUUUCGACAGACAAAGGCUAUCGAGAGUCCUUGGCCUGCGUGAAGAGAAUCGUCAGUCGUCUCCUGCAUCUGAGCGCGGAAGACAUACCGGAAAAGACCUCGCUGUAUCAGAUCGGACUGGACUCCAUCACCAUUCUUCCAUUCGUCAAGCUCAUCAACAGGGAAGAAAAGAUCAAGCUCUCUCCUGAUGCUGUCAUCAAGGCCCGAACCAUCCAAGGUACUGCAAGACUUGUUCAAGAAGCAAUGGCUGUGGCCAUCCACCCCGAUGAGAAUCAAGAUAUACAAGGCGGACUCAACAACAGCGUCAUCGAGCAAGACGUGUACGACAAGACUCUACAACGACUGGCCAAGGCGCUCAUGUUCGUAGCAACGCCCCUUCAGGAGGGCAUGCUCAGUGCAUCUUUAGCCAUCGAGGACAACGCUUACACCUAUAUCCAUACCAUCCAACUCUCCGAACGCGCUCUCGCAGCAGACACUCCCAGCCUAGACAACUUCUUUGCUGCUUUUGGCGAUACAGUGCAAGCCUGCGAGAUCCUGAGGACGCGCUUCGUAUUCACAGAAGAUGAUGAAGCGCCUUGGGUUGGUAUUGUGUCUCCUACUGAACAGAGCGAUCUUGUCAGUUGUCAGGUAGUCAAAACCGGCAGGGUGCAGCUAAGAAUUCAUCACGCCCUGUACGACGCAACAUCGAUCCAGGCCUUGUGGCGUAUCCUGAGCGAAAACUACCACAAGCGACUCCAACGCCAUGAUCAAGAAGCUACACUGCAUCUGUUCAGGCCAUUUGCGAAGAUAGUCGCCACUGCGCAGAGAGCCUCGGUGUCCUUCUGGACCAACCUGGUUCAAGACUACAAAUACACGCCACUUGAUUUCCCUGAAGUCUCACUUCAGGCGUCAUCCGCCUUCCAUUUUACGCUGGGUGAGCAGGAGUUGUCGCUUCUACAGGCAAGAUGCAGGGAACUCAGCGUCACGGUCAAGGCGGCGCUUCAGCUAGCUUGGGCCAAGGUACUAUGCGAGUCCCUGUAUCGACAAGGAGAUGUUGUCUACGGAGAGGUCGUCACGACUGGCGGCGGUUUCGCUGACGAUGCCAUGCUUGGCCCUACCAUCAACACGGUACCCAUGAGGGUCAAUCUGGCGGAUCAGGGGACCGCCGUCGGUGUUGCAGAGGCAUUGGCUCGGGUACAAAGACUGAACGACGAGGUGAAGGGUGACAACUCUAUGGCUUCUCUCAGAAAGAUCCAGACACUGUGGAGGUCUUCAAGCCGAGAUGCCCCUACAAGCCUGUUCCAGAGUCUGUUUGUGUUUGAUGGUGUUGUGGGAUCUGCUGUCACCGACGGCGAUGAACAGUUGUUCAAGCCUGCUCAAAUCCAGGCAGAAGACAAUGGACCUGCUUAUGACGAAUACCCUCUCAUUGCCAGCUUCCAGAUCAAGAACAGCGCCCUUCGUGGUAAACUGAGAGCCAAGAUGGCACCAAAGGAAGCGAGAGCCUUGGGCAGUCGCCUAGAGGCUGCGGUGAGAUUCAUCAUCGCGGGUGAGCCAGAGGGUUCGAUGCUUGAUAUGAGUCUCAUGAAGGCGGACGCAAAGAAAGAGCCCACCCCUAACGGAAGCGCUCUGAGCGACAAAGUUGAUCUGAACGGUCUAGUUCCAACUGCCGAUGCUGUUCUGGAGCUGGUCAAGAAGGUGCUCGAUACAAGAUGCAAAGGCAAGCACGUCGAUUAUGAUACCAAUCUGGUCAAUGUCGGCCUUGACUCGAUCUUGGCCAUUCGCCUGUCAAAGCUCCUAAGGAAGAAUAUGGGAAUCACCAUGAGCGUCUUUGACAUCAUCAAAGGCGCGAGUGUCCGUGACAUGGCCAAGGAAAAGACAUCUGCACCAAAGGCCGUGGCACAGAAACCGAAACCGCAGUUGUUGGCCCAGGAGGAAGAACAAAACGAGUUGGUGGCAAAGCAUCUCGGGCUUACAAAGGAGAACGUCAAGUCCGUCCUGCCAACCCUCGCAGGACAGCGUGCGCACUUGGAGCAGUGGCUACAUAGCGGCAAGAGAUUCUUUGAGGCUCCUUGGGUGUAUCGACUCGAUCACUCCAUCGAUUCACAGAGAGUUGCGAGUUGCUGGGCUAAACUUUGUCAAGUCCACGAGGCUCUCCGGACAACAUUCGUCUGGACAGGCAAGGCCUUGGUCCAAGUUACUCUGGGCGAGCAAGAGGGACGAGGCUUCACAGAACUCAGUGACUUGUCAAAGCCCAUCAAAGCUUUGAUCGAAGAGCACGUUAGCGAGGAAAAUGGAAAGCCUUCAGACUUCAGACAGCCCCCUGCUCGCCUCUCGUUCCUGGAGGCUUCAGACGGGAAGGCAGUUGUGCUUCGACUGCAUCACGCGUUGUACGACGCAUGGAGUAUCAAGAUGAUUGAGAAGGACUUGAAUGAUCUCUUGAAUGUUGGCAAGGUGCUGGAGACUCGCGUGUCUCUCGGAGACGCAAUUGGUCAAAUUAGAGACAUCAGACAACCUGAUGCAGAACACGCGUACUGGAGGAAUCAUCUCUUGCGCGCCCAAGACACCGUCCUUAACAGCGAUACAUCAGCAUCGGAGCAGAAGUCGCCUCUUGGUCGGCACUUCAAAACCAUCUAUCCCGAUGUCAUCCCCAGGAACGUCAUCAAGCGCAAUGCACGCACAUCAGCCGCAAUCCUCCUCGCCUACGCAAAGGCACUGGGACAUGUCACGAAAUGCUCCCGCCCCACGUUCUGCCUGAAUCAUGCUUCGCGAUCUCUUUCCUCCGUAGAUGGAUUGCAGACCAUUGACUUGACGGCCGCGAGUGUGCCGACUCUGACUGUUACACCGUGUUGCGUGGACCUAGAGUCCGAGCAUACGCUAGAGUCUAUGCAGGAUCAUUUGGCGCAGCUCACCAAGUUUGCACAGACAGAUGGUGUGCAGAGGUUUUGCCCCAAGUUUAACUCGCACCUCAACAUUCUCUACGCAGGAGAAAAUACCAAGAAUGCGCACGAAGGCCAGGCACUCAGCAGGUUCAGGCUCAGCGAACCUCUAGCUUCAGAUUACUUCACUGUCACGGAGCCGUCGUUAUCCACUGUGUCGACUAUCGAGGGGCUUGAGACGUCCCACCUAUGUCCACAUCAGUUCUUCUUCACUGUCAUUGUGGGUCAAGAUCAAGAUGUCAGGGUGUCAAUAAGUGGUAGUGAGGUGGGAGCCCGAGACAUGGUUGCCAAGAUGGUAUCGCAUUUCGGAUCUGAGUUGGAAGAGAUGAUAGAGGGUAAUGAUACAGACUAG